UCUCCUCUCCACUCCAUCCCCACGUCCACCCACCGUCCCACCCCUACAAUGGAUUCUCUCCCGCCGCCGCCGCCGUCGCUGCCGCCGUUUGGCUCGCUGCUCCUGCCCUUGCCAUCCGAUUCGUCACUGCCCUCUCUCCCUUGGCCUGACCUCAUCGCCGGUGCGGCCGGCGCCACCCUCCGCCUCGUCUCCGCCCACUCACGCCACUUCCUCGCCCUCUCCUGCCUCCUCCUCCUGCCGCUCUCGCUCCUCCUCCUCUCCCUCCCCGCGCCCUUCCCCGGCGCCUCUCCUUCCGUCUCCCUCCGAUCCCCGCAAGAUUCUUGGAGCAACCCCCUCUUGCUUCUCGCUCUCGUGGCGGCGGCGCUUCUUUACCUCGCCGCCUUCGCCGCCGCCGCCGCCAGCGCGCACGCCGGAUUCUUCGGCCGCCCCGUCAAGCUCCUCGCCUCGCUCCUCUCCGUUCCCGCGUCCGUUCUCCGCCUCCUCCUCACAGCCCUCCCGGCCUCCCCUCUUCUGCUUAUCCCCCUGCUCCCACUGCCCGCUGCACUUAGCACAGCUAUUGCUCUUCUUGGCGUCUCCCUCUUAGCCCCCUUCUGGUCCCUCGCCGGCGCCGCAGCCAUCGUGGAGUCCGCUGCUGGGCCCUCCGCGCUCCGCCAGAGCUGCCGGCUGCUCUCCGGCGCACGCCUGGCGGCGCUCUCGGCGUUCUUGGUCUUUGCCGCAGGCAUGGGGGUAGUACUCUGGGGUUUCAGUGGGGUGGCCAUGGAGACAUAUGAUGCUGCCACCGGUUGGGCUGGCAUGGCGCCGGCUGUGGUCAAGGCCAUGGUUGGAGCGGCGGUGUUGGCUGCAAUGAUGCUGUAUGGAAUGGUGAUCAACGUGGUAUUGUAUAUGCACUGCCGUGCGCUGCAUGGGGAGCUCACUGGAGAGAUCUACAAUGAAUUUGCAAGCUCAUAUGUCUACCUGCCGUUCGACGAGGGCAAGGAUCGUCAUAUUGUAUCGGUGGUCACACUGUGGCCUUGAUUGUCUAUCGCGCUAUCUGGUUAAUGGUGAGUUUAUACAUUCCAAGCACAGUUUUGACCACAGUCCUGAUGACUAUGUGUUCGUUGCUGUUCCUCUCUGCAUAAGUGUGUGUUCCACCGUGCAAAUGUUAAGAUGAAAUAGUGUCUUCUUAGCCUCAGAUGCGGUGCUCUUAACAUAAAAGUGUCUGUUAUAUGUAGGCUGUUGUAUCAGUAUUACUGAAUAGCAAACCAGUACUUAUGUGGAUGGUUUACCUCAGAACAACAUAGUGGUAUAUAUCAGGGAUGACUGAAAAGUCUGUUCCAGUUAAAA